AUGGAUGUAGAUUGCGAGGAGCAAUAUUGUUGCUGCUGUGACAAAGCAGGGAGCGACGUAGACAGUUGCUCUUCGGGGACUUGCAGCUGCGAUUCAGACUCGUGCUGCAGCUCAUUAUCGGAUAAUGAAUGCUCAUCUUGCACUAGUUCACCACGCAGUGAUGAGGGCAGAAACGAGAAUUAUCUACAGGACUUAAACCAAAUAAAAACAUUUAUCGCAGAUGUUGCCACACUUAUUAGACAUGCCAAGGAAAGUGAGGCUAACAACAUCAAAGAACCACAGAAUGAGGCUCUGGAACUCCAAAUCAAAAAGGAUAAUGAUACAAGUGGCUCGUGCGAUGUACAAGACAAAGAACCGGAGCUACAAAAGGAUACUCAGCAAUCGACUGAGCAACUAUGGCACGUGAAACCUUCGGCAACAUGUGAGAAAGAGCCUGUUGUGGUACCAUCGGCACCAGAAGACCGAGCGCUAGAACGUGAAAUAGAAAAAUUCGAACAGAUUAUCAAUACCACAGAAAUGACGCUUAAAAACGAAUAUGCAUUUGAAACAAUUGUAAAUUCGAAUGGGUCGCCAUGCGCUUCUACAGUGGUCGAAAGUCCACAAAACUACUGCUACACAAAUGAUAACACUGUAACAGACUCAUUCAGCAAUGUCACUUCGCCAAACACCGCAGGCCACCAGUCCGUCUGGAACAGUAGCUUUGAACCAGUCAUAGUGGGAGAACAAUCGGAACCAUACAGCGAUGGAUGGGACGAAGCGCAACCUGAUCUAGACAAGCUGCACGCACAGAUGGUAGCGCUAGAUCUACAAUCGUACAUGAGACUCGUUGAAACAGUGUUAGACGAACGAGUCAGACGUGAACUCAUACAGUAG